CUCAAUCACAUCUCUGCCUCGACACCGCUUCUACAUACCACUCCCAUUUCCCGUUUUCGUACACGUUUCACGACACGCUCCUACGGUACACUCUCAUCCCAUCCCGUUCAACUCCAUCGCGCUACUACUCUAAACAUCGAGGCAAUCAUCACCCCUCUCAACGGAUAACCAACCAACGCCGCAAAAAUGGGUGGUGAUCUUAAUUUGAAGAAGUCAUGGCAUCCCCACUUGCGCAAGAACCAGGAGCGGGUGUGGAAGGAAGAGAAGUCAGCUCUAGAGGAGCGCAAGCAAAUCGAAAAGCUGCGCAAAGAGCGGGAGGAAGAGCGCGCGCUUGAAGAACUUCAGAGGCUCCAAGAAUCCGCCGGCGGCAGGACUGUGCAAAGGCGCGUCGACUGGAUGUAUGCUGGCCCUGGUGGCGACGGCACAGGUGUCACCGAAGAGCGCGAAGGCUACCUACUGGGCAAGCGCAGAAUCGACCAGCUUUUGACGUCGAGUGAUACAAAGGAUCUGCAGAAGGGCGCUGCUGUCGGGAUCGAUGUAUUUGGAGGAGCAAACGCCAACUCAGCACGCGAUACUCAGAAGAAAGUUCUUGAGGAUCCGCUCCUGAUGAUCCAGAAGCAGAAGAUGGAGUUGCAGCUGAAGGCUAUGAAGGACGCCCAGAAGCAGGCCAAGUAUGAGGAAAAGCGCAUCAAAGAGAAGGAGCGCGACAGGAAGCACAGGGACCGUGAUGACAGGCAUAGAGAUUAUCGGGGGGACAGGCACAGAGACCGAGAGGUCAGACACCGAGAUCGAGAAGACAGGCACAGAGGUCGGGAAGACAGACACAAAGAUCGGGAAGACAGACACAAAGAUCAGGAUGGCGAACGCAGCGGACACCACCAUCACAGCCGUCGUGAUCGAUCUCGGUCCAGAGACCGGGAUUACCACCACCGCAGCCACCAUGACCGAAAGGACCACAGGAACCGGAAUGAGCACCAACGGCGCUCACGAUCACCUUAUCGUGGAAGUAACCGCGACGAUCGUGGAAGUAACGACGAUGACAAGGCAGAGCGACUCGCGAGAAUGCAGGCAGACGCCGCGACCACAGAAGAGCAGCGUGCUGAGCGUGUCCGUGAGCAGGCUAAGAAGGACGCUGAGGAAGAGGCCCGUGUACAAAACAAUCUGAACUCCUCCAGACGCCUGAAUGCGGGUAUGGGAUCGUCAGACAUGGGGCUCGGCGAUGCGAUUGCCAGGGGUCGGUCAAGGGCAGAGGUUGAUACUUAGCGAGUACUAUUGCGUUUUCAAGAUUUGUGACAGCAUGAUACCCAGGAAUAAAUUUGCUUCGACAGUUCAUUGUACUUUGCCUUACCGGUCGUUACGCUGCGCUCACGGAAUUUCAUCGAUGCUUUCCAGACGACCACUGCGCCGUGAUAUCUUUGUUCUGCGA